GUCACCUUCUGAGCUGCUGCCCAGAGCUUGCUUCCCAAAGCUUUGAUCGAGCAUCCAGCGAACAAGAUCUCCACCCAGCACAGCGGCUACGACGGGAAUCCGACCACAGCCGCUUACCACCCGUACCCAAUGGACAUCUAGAUUUAACGAAAACAUCCGCUCGUAACAUUCCGAGUCCGAUCGAUUUCAAAACGCUACUCGGCCGAGCGCGUCCGAGCUAGCUCGCGCAGCCUCAGACCUUCAACAGCGGGUUCCGUCCCGCAACAAAACCACACAAUGCACCUUCAACACCCCGCCUCGAGGCUCUCCCUGAGCCACCUCCUCGCCGCCGCCCUCACGUGCACCUUGACCUACUUCCCCCAACCCGUCGGCGCCGUCUUCCGCGACGAGGUCGGCCACAUCGACUACCACCACGCCCUCCUCGGCCUGCCCCAGCGCGAGACCACCUUCUUCCACCGUCCCCGCCGCGACGACCGCGCCAGCCUGCUCUACACCCUCAGUGACCUAGGAAUCCUGGGCGCCGUGCACCCCGGCAGCGGCGAGAUUGUGUGGAGGCAGGAUUUGCGCAGCGGUGGUGAUGAUAUUUACGAUGACGACGAUGAGAAUGUUGGUGAUGGGGAUGGGUUCGGGCUCGGGUUCACACGGGCUGGUGAAGGCGAGGGGUGGAUUGUCAGCGCGCUGGGCAGGGCCGUCCACGCGUGGGAUGCCGUCAGCGGGAGGAAUCAGUUUUCGGUCCGGUUCGAUAAUGGGGUCGUCAGGGACUUGGAGGUGAUGGAGAUGACGGAGCAGGAAGGGGGGAGGAGGAAGGAUGUGCUGGCGCUGGUUGAGGAAGGCGCCGCGACCGUGCUGAGGAGGCUGAACCCGACCGACGGGAGCGUGGUGUGGGAGUUUAGGGAGGUGACCAGGGACGUGCCGCUGCAGGUGAGCACCAACGUGGAAAAGGUCUUUGUGGUCAGCUUAAAGGGCACGGCCGGCGCGUAUAAUCUCAAGGUUACGGUUUUGGAUACGCUUACCGGGAAGAGGCUGGAUGAAAUGGUGCUGGGCACAAAGGCGGAUGUUCAUGGCAAGAAGGACGUCAUGUUCGUCGGGGCGAACUCGGCCGCGCCAAUUCUGGCCUGGACGGACGAUGCCCGCCAGACGCUGAGAGUUAAUGUGCUCGGCACGAAGACUCGGCAGGAGUUUGCCUUGCCGCCCGAUACGUUUGCGGUCGAGAUCCACGCACCUCACCUGAUCCAGUCGCAGCCGCACUUUCUGGUCCACAGCAAGACGUCUACCGGGCAUAAGGGGGAGGUCUUCCAUGUUGAUCUUAAGACCAACACCAUUUCCAAAGCAUACAGUCUCCCUAUGCUCCCCGGUCCUGGAGCUUUUUCGACCAGUUCGAGCGGAGCCAGCGUCUACUUCACACGUAUCACUGAGGACGAGGUUAUACUGCUCUCCUCGCAGUCGCAUGGCGUGCUUGGUCGUUGGCCUUUGAAAAUUGGCGGUUCGAAGGCGGUCGCCAUCCACUUGGUGUCUGAGGUGAUCAAGAAGGCUGGUCCGGAAGAGAGCUACGCAGUCCGCUCAGCAGCCGUGACGGACGCAGACAACUGGGUACUAAUCCGCAACGGCGAGGAGCUGUGGGCCCGCCCUGAAGGGCUGACUGGAGGCGUCACCGCCACGUUUGCAGAGAUUCCUGACAGGGAGGAACUGGCGAAAUCUCUCGAGCAAGAGGCACAUAGCAGCCCGCUACAGGCGUACAUCCACCGUGUCAAGCGCCACAUCCAUGACCUUCAGUAUCUCCCCGCAUACCUCAACAGCAUUCCUUCGAGAGUCAUGAGCAGUAUUCUCGGCACCGACGUCGCCCCUACUGCUGGUAAGCUGGUCCGGGACAGCUUCGGGUUUCACAAACUCGUUGUUCUCGCCACAAAACGCGGGAGAGUCUACGGCCUGGAUGCGGGAAACAACGGUAAAGUCCUAUGGAGCACUCGAGCCUUCAAGAUCCCGAAGGGCAGAAGGUGGGAUGUCAAAGGGAUUCAGGCGGACGAAUCAUCAGGUCAAACCACGAUUCUCGGUUCCAAAGACGACUUUGUCGUGUUGAAGACGGAUACUGGUGACAUUAUCGACUCAAGAGCACCCAACCCGGAGGCGACGACGCAGGGCGCCGCUCUAGUUGACACCCCGUCCGGCCAGCAGCUCCUAAGGAUCGGUCCGGAUGGGAAGAUAGAGGACUUGCCCGCUGCAAGGGCCCCAUCGCAGACGGUUGUCACGCGCACUGCCGAUGGGCAGCUGAAGGGAGUUAUCUUCGUCGCAAACGGCACAAACUCGAGAGCAUUUACCUCCUGGGUCUUUUCCUUGCCCAAGGGCCAAAGGGUGGUAAGCAUUGCGACGAGACCCCCUCACGACGCUGUAGCUUCCAUCGGGCGUGUACUUGGCGACCGGACGGUCAAGUAUAAGUACCUCAACCCUAAUACACUCGUCCUCGGGGCCGUCGACCACAGCUCCCGCAUGCUUGUUGUCUACCUCCUAGACACGGUAUCCGGACAAGUUCUCUGGGUCUCCAAACACAACGGCAUCGAUGCCAGCAAGCCCAUCGAGUGUGCCAUGGCCGAGAACUGGUUCGUCUGCACCUAUUUCGGACAGUACGCGCUGCGCGACAACUCGGCCCAGUCACUCAAGGGCUACCAGGUAGUCGUUGCGGACCUGUACGAGAGCGACAAACCCAACGACCGCGGCCCGCUCGGCGACGCCGCCACCUUCUCCUCGCUGGACCCAAUCGACGUUCCCACGGGCGUCGUCCUGCCAUCCGUCGUCUCCCAGUCUUACGUCCUCAGCGCGCCCAUCUCAGCCCUGCAGGUUACGCAGACGAGGCAGGGCAUCAGCUCGAGGCAGGUCCUGGCCUAUCUGCCCGAGUCGCACGGCAUAGUCGGCAUCCCGCGCAUGGUGCUCGAGCCAAGGCGGCCCGUCGGCCGGGAUCCGACCCCGGCCGAGGCCGAGGAGGGAUUGAUCAGGUACCACCCUGCCAUCGAGAUCGACCCGAAGAGCGUCAUCACCCAUGAGAGGGACGUUCUUGGCGUCGGGAAGAUCAUCACGUCGCCGGCCGUUGUGGAGAGCACCAGUCUGGUGUUUGCGUACGGGGUGGAUAUCUUUGGGACGCGGGUCGCGCCGAGUUUCUUGUUUGACAUAUUGGGCAAGGGAUUCAACAAGCUUGCGCUUGUCGGGACGGUUCUGGCGCUCUUGGCCGGGGUGGUCACCCUUGCUCCGGUGGUGAAGAGAAAACAGGUUAAUAUGAGGUGGGAGGCGCCAAUGUAGAGGGCAGUGUAUACUUUUUCACGAAGCAUGAGUAUUGUAGACUAUACAUGGGCUGGAGAAUUGCAU